GUGGUGAUGUCAUGCGGGCAAGAUGGCGGAAGGGGAGGACGUGGGAUGGUGGCGGAGCUGGCUGCAGCAGAGCUACCAGGCAGUCAAAGAGAAGUCCUCUGAAGCCCUGGAGUUCAUGAAGCGGGACCUGACGGAGUUUACCCAGGUGGUGCAGCAUGACACGGCCUGCACCAUCGCGGCCACGGCCAGCGUGGUCAAGGAGAAGCUAGCUACUGAAGGUUCCUCUGGGGCAACAGAGAAGAUGAAGAAGGGGUUAUCUGACUUCCUAGGGGUGAUUUCAGACACUUUCGCCCCUUCGCCAGACAAAACCAUCGACUGUGACGUCAUCACUCUGAUGGGCACACCCUCUGGCACAGCUGAACCCUAUGAUGGCACCAAGGCUCGCCUCUAUAGCCUGCAGUCAGACCCAGCAACCUACUGCAAUGAACCAGAUGGGCCCCCGGAAUUGUUUGACGCCUGGCUUUCCCAGUGCUGCCUGGAGGAGAAGAAGGGGGAGAUCUCAGAGCUCCUUGUAGGCAGCCCCUCCAUCCGGGCCCUCUACACCAAGAUGGUUCCAGCAGCUGUUUCCCACUCCGAAUUCUGGCAUCGGUAUUUCUACAAAGUCCAUCAGCUGGAGCAGGAGCAGGCCCGCAGGGAUGCCCUGAAGCAGCGGGCAGAACAGAGCAUCUCUGAAGAACCCGGCUGGGAGGAGGAAGAAGAGGAGCUUGUGGGCAUUUCACCCACAUCUCUAAAAGAGGCAAAGAUCCCUGUGGCCAAAACUUCCACAUACCCAGAAGGAGGACCUGGCCUCCAGAGCCCAUGUGAAGAGUCUCAGGUGACCCCAGCGGAGCCCCCAGCAGAGGUGACUCCAUCAGAGAGCAGUGAGAGCAUCUCUCUCGUGACACAGAUUGUCAGCUCUGUCACUGCACCCGAGGCACCAGACCCGCCCAAGGACCUGUCCCAAAAGCUGCUGGAAGCAUCCUUGGAGGACCAGAGCCUGGCUGAGGAUAUGGGCGAGACUGGACCCCCGCCCCCAGCUCCCUCCAAGCCUCUAGCCCCUGCUGGCCGCCCCAGUGGCACAGAGCCCAGGCCUCCAGCCAGAGUAGAGACUCUGAGGGAGGAGGGGCCUACAGACUUACGGGUGUUUGAGCUGAACUCGGACAGCGGGAAGUCUACACCCUCCAACAAUGGGAAGAAAGGCUCCAGCACUGACAUCAGUGAGGACUGGGAGAAGGACUUUGACCUGGACAUGACUGAAGAAGAAGUACAGAUGGCACUUUCCAAGAUGGAUGCCUCCGGUGAGCUGGAAGAUGCAGAGUGGGAGGACUGGGAGUGAGGGGAGCCCCAGCAAGCAGCUCCCCCUCCCACGGCACCUCCUGCCUCCCUCGCUCGCUCAGCCCAGCCCUGGAAGACACUGACUCCCGUGUCAGUUCCCAAAUUGGCCUCUACGAACCAGAGCUCUGGGCACAGAUUCUGGGCGGCUCCCUCCUGGCCCUUUCGGCCUGUGUGUACACCGGGGAAGAGGCUCUCUAACUCCCAGCCAGGAACUCCGACUUGUGCCAACUAUGGGAUGAGCUAAGCGGGAAGAAGGCCACACGCCUCACUGGAGAGCCUGCCGUUUUCUGCCCAGCAUGCACUGUUCCUGGGGGCGCCUGCUGGGAAGGCCUACGGGAAAGCUCUAGCCCUUCGGCCUGUGUAGACAGAAGCUACACCGCCAGUCCCUUGGAGGAAGCCAAGACAACACACGCUGUCACCCAUAAACAGGCAAGGAAGGCUGUGGCACCUGUCCCUUGGCUGAACAAGGGACGGUGAGCACAUGUUGGUCCCUGUCCCAGAGGGUGAGGUACUCAUCCCUGGGAAAUGUGCCUCUUUGGCAUCUCCCCUCCGAGGCAUUUUCCAUUCCUGGAAAGAUCCUUUGGGGUUCAGACCUAGAGACCAAACCUUGACCCACCUGCUACCUUUCCUCCCGCCUGCUCUGGGAUGUCCGCAUCCCUUCCCCAGGGCUUUGUCAUCCAGUGCACCCAAGUCCUUAGCCCAGCUGUGCCGCCUGCAGGAGUCCACUCUUGCAUUUCAUCCCCUCCGCAAGAAGGGAGGGGACACUUCAGGCCCUUCUGUGCGUCGCCUGACAGGAUACCUUGUCCAACCAGCUACCACUCUCCUGUAGCUUAGGACCCAAGCCAGCUGCCAGCGGUACAGAGCAGUGAUCAAAGGCGAGUGCUUAAAACUCGGGUGCAGCCCAGCUUGUCUGCCUCCUGCCUCCAGCUGCUUGAACGGAUAGCCGGGCGGGAGCUGGAGGCUCUCAUCUGGCUUCUGCAAAAGUUCUUCUUCCUGAAGCCGGUCGCAGCCUGGUGGCUGUCGGCUGCACCUCUCGGGGGAGCGGGGGGCUGCAGGAAUUCCUGGAGACCCUGGUGCUUCAUGAUGCUGCUCUGCUGGGUUUGUACAGUCUGGUGCGUUCGCCGGGGAUGGAAUGGGACGGCGGCCGGGGCGGCCGGGGGGUGGGCGCCAGCUUCAGACCUCCCGUGAUGGUGGGAGGGAAAGGAUGCUGAGUCUUUUUCUGAUGGGGUAGGGUUUUCUCUUUGUAAUUACUUCUCUAGUGUAAUUAACUUUUUGGUUGUUUGUGCAAUAUUAUAUAUUUUAAAUUAUAA